CGUCAGCGGGCGCAAGCGCGCGAUGGUAGCGAUGAGCUGAGAAGUUCUCCCGUGAAAUGUCUAGCACGUAACCAGUGCUAGCUUGUCCUCUAUUGUUCUUAAAACUCAGAGCAACAAGGAACCCUCUCUGGAGCGCCGCGUGCGACAGUCCCUCUCGGUAAAAACAAAAAUGCGCGGAAAUCGACGUUUUCGCCUGCAUGCGCCCGCGUACUACUGUCCUACGGCCACACCUUCUGAAUCCAACUGACAUACUCAAGUAUGUGGCGCCAGUGCGAAUCGAUGCUGGCGGGCAGAGGGUGCGAAACGCAAAACAGCGAUCUGCCGACAGGGAGAGCAUUCUUGUUUUUGGUACCCAUGGCAGCGAUUGUAGGCAUCAAACACUAGCUUGACAAGGCGCAAAUGGCGACCCGCGAGUGGAAACUCCGGCAAACGGUGGAGUCGCAUGCCGGCGACGUGACGGGCUGCGACUUCUCGGGCACCACUUUGGCCACCUGCUCGAAUGACAAGACGGUGCGACUUUGGCUUUUCGAGGCGGGCUCCUUCACGGAGUCGUCCGCAUCCCCUCUGGUCGGCCACAAAUACGGCGUUAACGCGGUGCAGUUCUCGCCGCUGGGCACGGCACUCGCGUCGUGCUCCAUCGAUGGGAGCGUGUUCAUAUGGAAUGUUCAGAGCGGCGAAGUGCUGGGCCAGCUACAGCAUCCAAGCGAAGCGGCCUUGCGCUGCUGCAGCUUUUCCCCAUCGGGUGCAUUGCUGGCCACCGGAGGAGAUGACGAGACGCUGGUGUUGUGGGACGUGGCCACACGCUCGCUCGUACGAUCUCUUGGAGGCCACGGCGCUCUGGUUACCGCAUGCAGCUUUUCCCCCGAUGGUGCGCUGCUGGCUUCCGCGUCGUCCGCUGGAGACCUGCGCAUCUGGGAUGCGCGCUACGGUCAUGGCAGCUGCCUGCUGACGCGAUCUGAGGCCCACGACCUGGGUGCCACUGGCUGCCACUUUAGCCCUCAGUUCGAGGCCAGUCUUGCACAGGGCACGCUCGAGAGCAGCUACCUGCUUGCGUCCUGUGGCAACGAUGACCUCGUGCGCGUGUGGCAGGUGCGCAUGGCGCACCGCUGCAGCCUCUGGUCCCAGUGGGUCUUCGAGGGCCACUCGGGAAAUGUUAUGUGCUGCCGUUUUGCACCUGGCGGUCAAAUGCUAGCCUCCAGUGCUGGUGACAAGACCACCAUACUCUGGGAUGUGGGCACUGGAGAGCAGCUGCAGCGGCUUACCAAGCAUACUCGCUACGUGCCCUGCUGUGCCUUCUCAAGUGAUGGCGAGUUCUUGGCCACGGGCUCUAAUGAUCGUACCGUGGUUAUUUGGACACAAGUUGAGGGCACGACGCAGGAGGAAGGUCAGGGUGAGAAACCAAAGCCCCUGUCCCCACAGCAGCCACCGGUUCCCAAGGAGGGCGUCGGGGUGGCCGCGGUGGGCCGCUGGUCGGUGAACCAGGUGGGCGAAUGGCUGGAGGGCCUGGGCCUUGGGCAGCACCGGGCCACCUUUGAAGAGCACGCCAUCGAUGGCCAGGAGCUGCUGCACCUGACCCACGAGGGGCUGAGCAAUGCCCUGCAUGUGGACGCCCUGGGCACCCGUGCUCGCCUGCUGCGCGAGGUGCAGGCCUUGAAGCACCCCCUGUGGCGGCACUUGCCUCCAGCCGGGGAGGACGACGCCGCCCUUCCCGAGGAGCUCUUCUGCCCCAUCACCCAGGAGCCCAUGCGCGAUCCUGUUGUGGCCGCAGGUGAGUGCUUGGGAAGUGAGGAAGGUCAGGGCGAGAAACCAAAGCCCCUGUCCCCACAGCAGCCACCGGUUCCCAAGGAGGGCGUCGGGGUGGCCGCAGUGGGCCGCUGGUCGGUGAACCAGGUGGGCGAAUGGCUGGAGGGCCUGGGCCUUGGGCAGCACCGGGCCACCUUUGAAGAGCACGCCAUCGAUGGCCAGGAGCUGCUGCACCUGACCCACGAGGGGCUGAGCAAUGCCCUGCAUGUGGACGCCCUGGGCACCCGUGCUCGCCUGCUGCGCGAGGUGCAGGCCUUGAAGCACCCCCUGUGGCGGCACUUGCCUCCAGCCGGGGAGGACGAUGCCGCCCUUCCCGAGGAGCUCUUCUGCCCCAUCACCCAGGAGCCCAUGCGCGAUCCUGUUGUGGCCGCAGACGGUUACAGUUACGAGCGGACGGCCAUCAUCCGCUGGCUGGAAAGUGGGAAGGACACCAGUCCCAUGACAAACGAGCCGCUGGAGCACACCAUGGUGCUGCCCAACCGCACCCUGCAACUGCUCAUCCAGAAGUACCUGCGCUAGAGGCAUGCCUGAGUGGCGUCCACAGGCAUCGCCUGCAUGCGCUUGGGUAACCUUGCUCUGGGUGCGUGCUUCACUUUGCAGACUUCAUGUGGUAGGUAACUGGGAAGCGCUGUGAAACACUGCUCUGUGAUGCGGGAUUAGCAACAAGACCUGGAGGUCUUCAUUGCAUAGUUCAGCACACUCACUUACGCUCAUUUCACAGUUGUGAGUAUGAGUGAAUGAUAAAGGGUGUGCGAGUCUAAGGGGGUACAGCAUGAGUGCAAUCAAUUGUUAAUGGACUUGAGUGUGAGUGUGAAUGGCAGGAUGAGUGUGUACAUGAGUGUAGUGUGCGCGUGAGAGAAUUGGAACACGAGUGAGUGCCGAUGAGUGUUCGUGGAAGUAAGAGUACAAAAUGUGAGGGAGUGUGGCUGAGUGUAAAUGGACGGGAGCAAAAAUAAGCUCUCGUGGCGAUAAGUGCGAGUCUGCGCUAUCCAGAAAAAAAAAAAAAGAAAGAAAAAUGACUGACGAAUAAGUGCCCUCUUAUUGUGCUGACCCCUGAGCGUGAUUCAUACGAGAAGCAGUAAACGCCCUGAUGUCUUUUCUAAGAUCUCCAAGUCUUGCGCUCAGUUUCACGUCAGGGCAUAGUGUUCCGGUGCGUCUCGUUACGAAAUGUAUGUACUGCAACACAUAACUGGAAAAUGCAUUUAUGCCACAUAGUGUCUGAAUUUCAUUGUUUCGCUGCCACAGUUUCCCACCAAUGUUCAUAUCGAGAUUGGAAUGCUGUUGUUAUGCGGCCCACAUUUUUUUGUUGUGGUAUGAACAACUUUCCUAGUAGGACCAAAUACCCAUAGCUCUGACGGAAGUAGUUUGGCCUUUGCAGCACUAUAAAAAAUGUGGGCAUUGGAA